GGCGGCGCCGAGGCGCUGGGGGCCGGGGCGCCGGCGGUUGGCGCGCGGGCUGGCCAUGCCGGGGCCCGGGGCCCGGGCGGAGGAGGGCAGCGGCGGCGAGGGCGCGGUCCCGGGGGCCGCGGCGGAGCCUGGGGCAGGGCCGGGGCGGGAGCCAGCGCGGCUGUGCGGCUACCUGCAGAAGCUGUCGGGCAAGGGCCCGCUGCGCGGCUACCGCAGCCGCUGGUUCGUGUUCGACGCGCGCCGCUGCUACCUCUACUACUUCAAGAGCCCGCAGGACGCGCUGCCCCUCGGCCACCUGGACAUCGCGGACGCCUGCUUCAGCUACACGGGCCCCGACGAGGCGGCCGACCCUGGCGCGGAGUCGCCCGCGCAGUUCCAGGUGCACAGCGCGGGAGCCGUCACGGUGCUCAAGGCCCCUAAUCGUCAGCUCAUGACGUACUGGUUACAAGAGCUUCAGCAGAAGAGAUGGGAAUAUUGCAACAGCCUUGACAUGGUGAAGUGGGACAGCAGGACCUCCCCGACUCCUGGGGAUUUUUCUAAGGGUCUCGUGGCCAGAGAUAACACAGAUUUAAUUAACCCACACCCAAAUGCUUCUGCAGAAAAAGCCAGAAAUGUCCUAGCUGUGGAAACUGCCCCUGGAGAGCUGGUGGGAGAGCAAGCUGCAAAUCAGCCCGCCCCAGGGCAUCCAAAUUCCAUUAACUUCUCUUUGAAACAGUGGGGCACUGAGCUCAAAAAUUCAAUGUCUUCUUUUCGUCCUGGGAGAGGGCAUAACGACAGUCGGAGGAGUGUGUUUUAUACCAAUGAAGAGUGGGAGCUUUUAGAUCCAAGCCCUAAGGACCUGGAGGAGUCCAUGGUACAAGAAGAAAGAAAGAAGCAGGUCCCUGAAGGAAACAAAGGAGUAACUGGCUCAGGAUUUCCCUUUGAUUUUGGACGUAUUCCCUACAAAGGAAAGCGCCCUUUGAAAGACAUGAUUGGAUCGUACAAAAAUCGCCACAGUAGUGGUGACCCUUCAGCCGAGGGGUCAUCGGGCAGUGGUAACACCAGCAGGCCGGCCUCCGAGAUGCAGCUGCAGGUCCAGAACCAGCAGGAAGAGCUGGAAAGGUUAAGGAAAGACUUAUCCAGUCAGAAGGAGCUUGUGCGGCUGCUGCAGCAGACAGUGCGGUCCUCCCAGUAUGACAAGUACUUCACAAGCAGCCGCCUCUGCGAGGGCGUCCCACAGGACACACUGGGGCUUCUGCACCAGAAGGAUGACCAGAUCCUGGGCCUCACUAGCCAGCUGGAGAGGUUCAACCAGGAGAAAGAGAGUCUUCAGCAGGAAGUGAGGACGCUGAAGAGCAAAGUGGGCGAGCUCAGCGAGCAGCUGGGGAUGCUGAUGGAGACCAUCCAGGCCAAGGACGAGGUCAUCAUGAAGCUCUCCCGGCAGCUCAGCGAGUGCGAGGGCAGCGCAUCCUCUCCCACCUCCAUGCCCGGCUCUCCUCCAGGCCUGGCCCCCACAGCCAGGGACCAGCUGGAACUGGACCGGCUGAAAGAUAAUCUACAGGGGUACAAAACCCAAAAUAAAUUUCUAAAUAAGGAAAUCUUGGAACUGUCAGCUCUACGGAGAAAUGCAGAAAGAAGAGAGAGGGAUCUGAUGGCAAAGUAUUCUAGCCUGGAAGCCAAGCUCUGCCAGAUAGAAAGCAAAUACUUGAUACUGCUUCAAGAAAUGAAGACCCCAGUUUGCUCAGAAGAACAGGGGCCUUCUCGGGAUGUCAUAGCCCAGCUGCUGGAGGACGCUCUGCAGGUUGAGAGCCCGGAGCACCCGGAGCAAGCAUUUGUUAAGCCUCAUCUUGUCAGUGAAUAUGACAUUUAUGGGUUUAGGACUGUCCCAGAGGAUGACGAGGAGGAGAAGUUGGUCGCCAAAGUCCGAGCGUUGGACCUGAAGACCCUCUACCUCACGGAAAACCAGGAGGUUUCCACUGGGGUCAAGUGGGAAAACUAUUUUGCGAGCACAGUGAACAGGGAGAUGAUGUGCUCUCCAGAAUUGAAGAACCUGAUCCGUGCGGGCAUUCCCCACGAGCACCGUUCCAAGGUGUGGAAGUGGUGUGUGGACCUUCACACCAGGAAGUUCAAGGACAGCACUAAGCCUGGUUACUUCCAGACCUUGCUUCAGAAGGCGCUGGAGAAACAGAACCCGGCCUCCAAGCAGAUCGAGCUGGACCUGCUGAGGACUCUGCCCAACAACAAGCACUACGCGUGCCCCACCUCGGAGGGCAUCCAGAAGCUGCGCAGCGUCCUGCUCGCCUUCUCCUGGCGGAACCCAGACAUCGGCUACUGUCAGGGCCUCAACAGGUUGGUGGCAGUGGCCCUCCUGUACCUAGAACAAGAAGACGCUUUCUGGUGUUUAGUCACCAUAGUGGAAGUUUUCAUGCCUCGAGACUACUACACAAAGACUCUUUUAGGAUCCCAGGUGGACCAGCGGGUGUUCAGAGACCUCAUGAGCGAGAAGCUGCCUCGACUGCACGCCCACUUUGAACAGUACAAAGUUGACUACACCCUCAUCACGUUCAACUGGUUUCUGGUGGUGUUUGUGGAUAGCGUCGUUAGUGACAUCCUCUUUAAAAUAUGGGACUCUUUCCUUUAUGAGGGACCAAAGGUUAUCUUCCGCUUUGCCCUAGCACUUUUUAAAUAUAAGGAAGAGGAGAUCCUGAAAUUGCAAGAUUCGAUGUCCAUAUUCAAGUAUCUCCGUUACUUCACUCGCACUAUCCUUGAUGCUAGUUGGCAGGUGCUCUGGCCCUGGCGGCCGAGGCUGUGUUCUCCAGGGGAUUUCUGUGGACCUGCUGCUGGUGGGGUAAGUGAGGGCACACAUCCCUGCGAACUGUGGGGGCAGCAUGAACGUUCACUGCCGAGGUGCUGGGAGCCGGCCGUACUGCACGGGAGUGGAUCCCUGCAGCAGACUUGCGGCCUCGUGGCAACCGCAGGAGUCCUUUCACUGAGAAACAUUUGGAGCUUAUUAAUGUUUUUCACACUCUGUUGACUGCCACCCAUAAUAACAUUUUUUUAAAGAACUUUUAUUGAGAUACAGUUAACAGCCAAUAAACUGCAUAUAUUUAGAGUGUACAAUUUGGUAUCCCAAUCUCCCAGUUCAUUCCCCCCCAACCUUCCCUGCUUUCCCCACUUGGUGUCCAUAUGUUUGUUCUCUACAUCUGUGUCUCAUUUCUGCCUUGCAAACUGGUUGAUUUGUACCAUUUUUCUAUAUUCCGCAUAUAUGUGUUAAUAUACGAUAUAUUUUUCUCGUUCUGACUCACUUCACUCUGUAUGACAGUUUCUAGGUCCAUCCAUGUCUCUACAGAUGUCCCAGUUUCAUUGCUUUUUACAGCUGAGUAAUAUUCCAUUGUAUGUAUGUACCACAUCUUCUUUAUCCAUUCAUCUGUUGAUGGACAUUUAGGUUGCUUCCAUGUCCUGGCUAUUGUAAAUAGUGCUGCAAUGAACAUUGGAGUGCGUGUGUCUUUUUGAAUGAUGGUGUUCUCUGGGUAUAUGCCCAGUAGUGGGACUGCUGGGUCAUAUGUUAACUCUAUUUUUAGUCUUUCAAGGAACCUCCAUACUGUUCUCCACAGUGGCUGUAUCAAUUUACAUUCCCACCAGCAGUGCAAGAGCGUUCCCUUUUCUGCACACCCUCUCCAGCAUUUACUGUUUGUAGAUUUUCUGAUGAUGCCCAUUCUAACUGGUGUGAGAUGAUACCUCAUUGUUGUUUUGAUUUGCAUUUCUCUAAUAAUCAGUGAUGUUGAGCAGCUUUUCAUGUGCCUCUUGGCCAUCCGUAUGUCUUCUUUGGAGAAAUGCUAUUUAGGUCUUCUGCCCAGUUUUUGAUUGGGUUGUUUGUUUUUUUGAUAUUGAACUGGAUGAACUGUUAAUAUAUUUUUGGAGAUUAAUCCUUUGUCUGUUGAUUCAUUUGCAAAUAUUUUCUCCCAUUCUGAGGGUUGUCUUUUCGUCUUGCUUAUCGUUUCCUUUGCUGUGCAGAAGCUUUGAAGUUUCAUUAGGUCCCACUUAUUUUUUUUUAUCCCACUAAUAACAUUUUUUUAUCUCACAACCUAGGACACACAUACGGGAGCCUAUGUAACUGAAACAAAAGAAUUUGUGUGUUGAAAUAUUUCCAGUGCUCGCUACAGGCCUGCGCGGUACCCGCUGAUAGUUUCUAAUUACGCUGUAUAGCGCGUAUUUAAAAUGCUCAUCGUGAUUCCACUAAGUUGACUCCUUGAUCCACUGAUGGGUGACAAACUACUUGACAAACUCCAGUUUCCUCCCGUGAUGCUCACCUGAUGGGGAGGGAGGGCUUCUCUUCUUGGCUGAUGUAGUGAGAGGCAGUUGGGCAGUGUCCAGGCCUCUGGUCAGCCAGGAGGGGCUGAGGGCAUCAGUGCUGCGGGGGUUCUUGAGGCAGGAGAGCGUGUGGGGCCAGAGAGAGGGGAAUGAGGACCAUUCCCUGUGGUUCUCUUGAGUGAGGCCAGGGAACCAGGGAAGUGGACGUUGGGAGAAGAUGCUGGCUGAGCCCAUACCUGGCUUUCUUAGAUGCCACUACUAUUGUUAGGAUCUUUUACUUGGAAAGAGGAUUUUUAAGAUAUUUUCAGGCUUUUUGCUGUAUCAACAACAAUAGGAUAUCCGAGAGUAAUGUUUGCCUGUGAAAGAUUGAUGCUAAGUCCUGGGGUGAACCCUGAGAGCAUUUAUUACUCUCACAGCAGGUCAAGAUGACAAGAAGAGCGUUAAGUGAACUUCACUCCGACAGCUAAUGCGUGUGGAGGGCAUCCUGCUCAGCGCCUGACAGUUUUGUGCGGGUUGUCAGUGCUGCCGGGUGGCAGAGACACAAGGGGUGGCGGGCCUGGUGGUAGUCCCUCUGCUGUCACAGGCAGAGCUGGGUCGCAGUCUGUCCCGCACACUCCAGCAGCGCCACCUGGUGAGUGGCUUUCGUACAGUUUCCCGACAGUUUGCUGCAGGAAGUCAGAGUCCACUGGGCCUGGAGUUCCUUAUGCAGCAGGAUCACCUCAGGGUGUUGUUAGGCCUGCAGAUGCCCUGGCCCCACCUCUGGGCUAGAGCCCCAGUAUUUUAAUAGGCUCCCAGACUAGAGGUUCCAAGGAACCUGGACCCUGCAGUGUACUGAUUGGUUCUACGAAGGAGGAGGCAGGGAAUUCUGAGUUAGAUGUGGUCAGGGGACGUGGGUGAAACAAGAUGAGACCGCUCUCUGAAUCAGAACUUAUGAGGACCUUUCGUGUGCCAGGCAUUGUCUUCUGAACUUAGCUGACACGGGGCACUUUCUCAUCCAGGCCGGAGGCAGAGUGGUGCGCAGUCUCCCGUGCUGCCCCAGCCUGCGCUCAUUGGCCUCAGUCCGCAGUGACCACCUGCCGCAGGCAGCAAACAACGUCAGUCUAAUGCAGUGUUUUCUGUAGCAAGGAAGGGCCUGGACACUUGGAUUUCGGACGUAUGGAGCCUGUGACUGACAGCUGUUGGAGGAAAGGGGCUGGUCACGCAGGCCUGCUUCCCAGUCCCCAGCCAGCACUUUGUUGCACAGUGACCUCUCCUGCUCACAAGUUCUAGAACAUGCUCUGGGGAGCAUGGCUCUUAAAGCCAGCCUUUCUGACCCUUUACCUCCCUGCAGGGGCAUCCUCUGGCUUGGAAUGAGGCAUGUCUAAGGUGUGAGUAUUUAAAAAUAUAAGAGGGUCCAGUGGCUAAGACUCUGCGCUCCCAAUGCAGAGGGCCCAGCUUCGAUCCCUGGUUAGGGAACUAGAUCCCACAUGCUGCAACUAAGACCCGGCAUAGCCAAAUAAAAUUAAUUAAUUAAAAUAUAUAAGAGUGAGGGAUGCUAAGGGCAUGUGUGUUCUUACUUAUGUACACCUUAUAGUAAAGCAGCCCACGUGACUGAGGAGUAACAGGAGCAAAUGAUUUGUUUUCUGACAGAGUCAGGGUGGAAGUCCUGUGACAUUUCUGUUUCAUCACAGCCUAUCCUGGGGUCGGUAAGAGUAUCGGGCCUUAGGUCCCUGCUGCUGGGGCCUGCAGAAGGGAGGCGGGGGCUUAGUGUGGGAGGAACCAGCUUCUGUGAUGACCCCAGAGAUGGCUCUGGCUGUGUGAUUAGUGCCAAAAGUCCAUAGCCAGGCCUCAGGCACCUUUUAGUCCUCUUUUUAUUAAACUGCUGGCCAGUGGUUAGGGACAAGGUACCAUGAUUUUUAAAUGUUUAUUGUCGAUGGGUGCCUUGUCCUGGGGAUAAACUGCACAUUUCUCCGUAGACUGCGUCUUGACACCUGUCACACUGCCGACGGGGUCUUACAGUCACCCUCAGGUUUGCUCGGACAUCUGUGCACUCACUCACUCCCCGUCAGUCCAGUGACAGAGGCUCCCUGGGCGCGCCCUGUGCCAGGCCUCCUGCUGGCUCCCAGGACUCAGGCCCGUGGCCCCCACCACAGCUGAGCAAGUGCCAGACCCCAUCCUCGUGCAGCAAGUCGAGUAACCCCAUGCCCAGGAGGCGGCACAGAGGAGGAACUGGGGGCUGGAGAGGCGGUGACUUCCGCUGUUCCACAUCGCACUGGGAGCGCGUGGUGGAGCUGGCGUCUGGACCCAGGCUGUCACUCAGGGCCUGCCCCUGCAGCCUCUGCGUGAGCACUGGCCUCCGAGGGACAUACCUACAUCAGGCCCUCCGUGUGGUGUCCGGGGUCCGCCUCUCCACACCCCCAGGCCUCCAUGCUGGGCUGAAAUGCGAGCUGUGUGUGAGCUCUUGCCUCAGCUCCCCUGAUCCUCUGUCUCU